AUGGUGACGUUCCUCCGGCCGCUCCCUCACGCCCAUGGACCGACCGCCGUCAACGUUCGCCUCCGGAGAAGCCACCGCCUCCAUUCGCCGUCGUCGUUGCUCCCCUGCCGCUGCGGCUGCCUCACGCCCAUGGCGGAGGACCCCCCGCACCCCCACCAGCCAACAAAGGGGGACGACACUGUCCCGAUCUCACAACAGCAACCAGAGCAGCAGCUGCCGCCAGCGCCACCUUCGCCGCCGCCCGACGUCCAGGAACCAAGUACGAGCAGUAGCAGCUGCGGCGACACCAGUUCCUGGCUGCAGCUCGGUACCGGACAGUCGGGUUCGUCGUCUUUGCGCGGGAAACGGACAAGAAACGACUAUGAAGCUGGACCCUCGUCGUCCAUACAACCAGACGCUUCGCCGCCGCUGUCAGAGCUAGGGCUGUCUCUGUUCCCAGCUGGUUAUUCGUCGCCGUCGGUGGCGGCGGGUUCAGUGGUGGCGGCGGCGCCUCCUCCAGCGCACGAGGCCGGCACAUGGUUCGUGCUCCAGGCGGCGCAUAACCAGAGAAGGGAGCCGCCAUUGCCGCAGGUGCACAGGAGCUACUUGAGGGUUAGUAGAGACGGGCGGAUGACAGUUAGAGUAGUGAUGGGGUACCUGGUUAGCAAGCUGGGUCUUGAGGACGAUUCACAGUUAGAGAUUACUUGUCGAGGUCACAACCUUCUCCCGGUGAUGACACUGCGGCACGUGCGAGACACUAUUUGGCGGCCCCCACCAGCAGAGGAUGCAGAAAUUUUGCGAGUCCCUGGCUCGCCCAGCACGAACCAGGUCAUGACAUUGCAUUAUGGCAGGAGAUAA